AUGUUUAGUCGUCAGAGGGAAAAUACUACUAAAAAAGAGAAAGCUGUAACAGUAAAAUCUGUGGAUUUUGAGUUACCAGGUACGAGAAAAAAGAGAGCUCUUAAAGAACAAAUUGAAACUUUUGUUGAAGGAAUGACUCCUUUAAAAAAGUCUAAAACCGAGCAAGAUACUUUAAAUAAAGGAAAACGUGAUGAAAUACAAAAACAUUCGCAAUCAAAAACCAAAGAAGUUGCAAUUACUAAAUCAGGAGUAUCAGCAUUAAUAUCAGUUUUAAACAAUUUGACAGAUAAAGAGGAGAAAGCAACUUCAAAUGAUUUAAUCCCAUCACCUGUUAACAUUGAAGUUGUGCCAUUUGAUAAAGACUCGCCAGUGGUUGUUGGAGAUAACGUAUACCAUGAAGACGAACAAGCCACAACUUAUGUUAUAAAAAAUACGCAAUCAAAAACCAAAGAAGUUGCAACAACUAAAUCAGGAGUAUCAGUAUUAAUUUCAGUUUUAAACAAUUUCACAGAUAAAGAGGAGAAAGCAACUUCAAAUGAUUUAAUCCCAUCACCUGUUAAUAUUGAAGUUGUGCCAUUUGAUAAAGACUCGCCAGUGAUUUGCGACACAACUUGUGAUUUACAACAUUCGCAAUCAAAAACCAAAGAAGUUGCAACUACUAAAUCAGGAGUAUCAGCAUUAAUAUCAGUUUUAAACAAUUUGACAGAUAAAGAGGAGAAAGCAACUUCAAAUGAUUUAAUCCCAUCACCUGUUAACAUUGAAGUUGUGCCAUUUGAUAAAGACUCGCCAGUGGUUGUUGGAGAUAACGUAUACCAUGUAGACGAACAAGCCACAACUUAUGAUAUAAAACAAAAAAAGGAACCAUCAAUAACCAGUUUCUCUGGAGCUAGACAAGCUGUCAAAAGUGUUUACGAUCCAGAUUCUGUUGUUAAUAGAUUACUAUUUCGUGAAGAGACUAUACCAGAAUUUUCAAAUUCUGAAAUAUAUCGAGAAAUGACUUCAUCACAGCGAGUAGUUCACUUACAAGCUAUGAUUAAAAAGUUGAAAUCUGUGCAUAAAAAAUAUAAGAAGGAUUUAGCUAAAAUUCGUAAAAGAGGUCAAAGAAUUCAAGAGCGAAAAAGAAAAAAGGCAGAAGCUACUACUACGAUUUAA